AUGUUGUACUUGAUUGGAUUGGGUUUAUCCCAUGAGACAGACAUUACUGUUCGUGGUUUGGAAACUGUGAGAAAAUGUAAAAGGGUGUAUUUAGAAGCUUAUACUUCGAUUUUGAUGGCAGCUGAUAAAGAAUCAUUGGAAAAGUUCUACGGUAAGGAAGUCAUUUUGGCUGAUAGAGAAUUGGUUGAAGGUGGAACAGAUGAAAUUUUAGCAGGUGCUGAAGUUGAUGAUAUUGCAUUCUUGGUUGUCGGAGAUGUUUACGGGGCUACAACUCACACUGAUUUGGUUUUGCGUGCUAAGGAAAAGGGUAUAAAAUAUGAAGCCAUUCAUAAUGCAUCCGUUAUGAAUGCUGUAGGAGCGUCAGGCCUUCAGUUAUAUCAAUUUGGACAAACGAUCUCCUUGGUAUUUUUCACUGACUCCUGGAAGCCAGAUUCAUUCUACAGUAGAAUUAUGGAAAAUAGAAAGAUCGGCUUGCACACUUUGAUUUUGUUAGACAUCAAGGUCAAAGAACAGAGUAUAGAAAACAUGGCCAGAGGCAGAUUAAUUUAUGAACCCCCAAGAUACAUGAAUAUUGCUACUGCUGCUGAACAAUUGUUGGAAAUAGAAGAGAUAAGAGGUGAGAAAGCUUAUACCCCAAACACUCCAUGUAUUGCAGUUUCCAGAUUGGGAUCCCCUUCUCAAACUUUCAAAGCUGCUACUUUGGAGGAAUUGGUCAACUAUGACUCUGGAGAACCAUUACAUUCAUUAAUUAUGUUAGGUAGACAGGUACAUGAUUUGGAAUUAGAAUUCUUGUAUCAAUUCUGUGAGGAUCCAGUUGCCUUCAAGAAGUUUGUUGAAGAGGAUCAAGAAUACUUCAAGCCUCCACCAUACGUUCCACCUCCAGAUGAUGCUGAUGAUGAUUUAUAA